AGAGAGGUUGUUUGUUUGUGAUCAAGAGGGAAUCUCAACAUGCUCAACAACCCCACAGUAACUAUAUACAUGUAUAUGCAUAUCAUUAAACAUCUUGAUAUGUAUGAGUGACACUGUCACUGACAGAUCUUUUCAAGGACACCAUAAUAAGAUGGAGAUAUACAAUGAAUAUGACGCACCAAAGAAGAUGCAGUAUGCCUUCUGUCAGCAAAUAUCCUCAGCAGAAUUUGAACAACAAGGGGCAGUGGAAACUGAAAAGGCAUUACAGGAGUUGAUGAGCUAUUUAGAGAAAAAUCCAGCUGUCUACAAGAAGGUUUUAGUGAGAAAGAAGCAAGAGGAGGCAGAGAAUGCUGGCAUCUUCUCCUACAUGAAGUGCAAAGUGAUGGCAACAAUGCGCGGCCCUGACUACCUGGAGGAUGAAGUAACCAAUGAGGAGACAAUGAAUAAACUGGGUGCUCUGGAGCAUGAGAUGGGCAAGGUGUACGACUAUGCACAAGAGGCCAACAAGAGCAAGAAACGGUUUUCCCGUCGGAUCGCCGCCAAGAAAUCCAAGGCCGCCAAAGGCAACAAAAGCACACCCCCAGCAAACUUCAAGGUGCCCUCUUCAAUCUCGCAUUCCACGAAGAAGAAGGCUGUCCCAACACCACCCCCCUACCCGCCACCCACAUCAGCCUCGUAUUCAAUGACACCAGAAUCAGAUGACGAUGUGUUUCUGUACCUUCCGAUCACCCCUGCCAGGAGACCCCCUCUUCACCCUGAUGCCUCGAUCAACUGCACCAUUCCAGUCCCCCCACCUCCCCCACCACCGACGCCCAGUUCGACUGAAUCCCGGGUACUGAAAGAGAGAACAAAUCUCAAACAUCAGGGUUGCUUUGACAGUCCCAAGUAUGUCUCCACACCUAAGCCUCCCCUCACACCUGGCUUCAAAGCAAGCCUUGAGAGAUAUGGGUCCACAUCGUCCCUUAGUUCCAUUGCCAGCGUACAUGAUGAAUUAGUAUCAUUCAAUAAGAGCAAACUCAAAUCAGUCUCAAAACCCAGCCCUAGGAAGUCCGCAAAUGGAACCCCCUUCAAGACGCCUCAGUCAAGGAAGCGAGUCAUCUCAGCCAGCAUUGUACGAGGGUCAAUAACAGACAUCUGCGGCGUAUCGACUAUCGACGCUUUCAACCAACAGAUGCUGGAAAAAUUCCGGAAUGCGCGAAGCCCUAUUGUGAACAGUCCAGCAAGUGGCAUCAAUAGCCCAUCUGGCUUCACCCCCUGAAGAUGUGUUUUUUCUGUUCCUGUUGUUUUGGACAGAAUGUUGUCUUUUUAUAAUGAAACUAGGUUCUUAAUAGCGCUUUAUCACCCCCAUAAGACUCAGUCAUGACAUUCUUCAUGAGUUUAAUUUCUCAUUCUCUGUUUCCUAGGAACAUUCUCAAAAAUUAUGUUAAAAUAGCCUAAAAAGUCUACUUAAAGCUUGAACUACAUGUAGGUCAGCACUUGUGCUCAAUGAAAUUGCUCUGCCUUCUUUCGAGAACCAAUUACCAUCUCUGAAGUACAUACCAAAGCACUUGGUAUUUUUUGAAUUUUUGCAAGGUAUGUAGAGUAUAGGUACGUUUUUGAAGUAUGAGAGACCUACUCCUUUAACAUACAUGUAGUACCAUGUACUGUAAUGGUUUACUAGGUGCCCUGACGCAAUACGCUGCAGGUCAGACCACCAGGAACACCAAGGCAAACCCCUUCUCUAGAUGAUAAGUGCACAUGUUUCUUUUACGAGCAUUACACAACACACGGGACCAACCACUUUACAUCCCAUCUGAAGGACACAGCAAUAAUGAUUAAUAAGUGUCUUGCUUAAGGACACAAGUACCAAGAUAAGUACCAAGAUCAGGACUCAAACCCAUACUCAUGCGGAUCAGAAACACAAGAGCUCGAGUUCGGUGCUCUUUUCCCUUCAGGCAACUACACGCCACAAUCUGAGAAACGUAUCUAAAAAUAGAUGUCCUGAUCCUAUGACUUGAUAAUGGAAAGACUGGCUUGAAAAUUGGGAAAAACGUAGAUUAUUUAUCUGUUUAAUAGUCAUUGUUUAUUUUUAAAUGCUAAUAAACUACAAAGAAAUACAUACAUGUAUUCAGACUUUUUGCAUAUAACAAUAAAUACUUUGAAAGUAAAUAUUUACAGAAUAAAGAUUCGUUAAAUUAAAUUUGUUAGUAAUAUCAUUGCUUAAAUUAUAGAUUUGUAAAAUAGCACUACACGACCUGUUGUGUUUACUCCUUUAAAAAUACACAUUCUAUAAGAUUAUCUAAAACCAUCCAUAAAAAUAACAACAAUCAGCAGCAGAACAUCAAUAAUGCAGAACAUCAAUAAAGUAUUUCUUUAAAAAAAAGAAAACAAAUUAUAAAAGGUGAGCAAAAUAAGGGGUGCAUUAAGAACACUGCAAUUUCAUGGGGGUACAUGUAUGUAUUGCUUUGUAUCAUUAUGGAAUCAAGAAACGUAAUCUACAUUACGCUAGUAUGCCAUCGUAUUAUGAAAAAACAUGAAGCUGUUCAAGCUGCUAUAUAUAGGCAAAAAAUUACUUCAGCACAAAUUACCUUAUAUAGACACUGGGCACAUUUGGUAAUUGUCAAAGACCAGUAUUCUCAAUUGGUGUAUCCAAACAAAUCUGUGAAAACUUCGGCUCAAU